AUGAGAGAUUACUAUAAUAAUGCUACGGUAACUUUGCUAGCUAUUCAUGCUGAAGUUGGUGAAGAAAACAUUAGAAAAUUAACCAAGUCUUUUGAGUCAGGAGAAAGCGGACUUAUUUAUCCUAAUAAAAUAAUCGAUAAUGCUUUACCGAUCUUAGAAAAAAUAAUGGUAAAGAACAGGGGUAGAGCACUUCCUGUCGAUGGUAUUUAUUCAAUAAUAGGUUUAUUGCCUUAUGGAGAUAAAAUAAAAGUUGACUAUGGAAAGGAUCCUGAAUCAGUACUGCAAGAGGUCAUGAGUGGAUCGAGUAGUGUAAAAGGAGGGAUAAAAAUUACUUACAAACCUAGAGAAGGAGGAAUCAAUGAAGGAGAUUUUUUUGAACCAAGUAAAGGAAUAAAAGUAAAAGCCUCAGAAUACAUUAUAACUUCUGUUGAAAAAAGUGAUG